AUGGCAUCAUUCGCAGACCUCGGCCAGCUGGUCGACUUCAAUCAGACAAGCCUCUACUUUUCUGUCCUGGCCAUCGUAUUCAACCCGACCUUUUGGAACAUCGUGGCGAGAAAGGAAUACCGCACGCACUUCCUGACCCGGCUCUUCGGCGGCCGUGCCCGCACCGCCUGCUACUUCCUUGCAGCCACCAUCUUCUCGCUCGGCAUCGUGCGCGACCUGCUCUACGAGCGUGCCUUGCGCCACCAGCCCACACAUCCGCUGCUGGCCGCACCCAAAGUUGCCUACGGCGGCUAUGCACUGCUCGCCCUCGGUAACGUGCUCGUGGUCUCGUCGACGUGGCGCCUCGGCAUCACUGGCACCUUCCUGGGCGACUACUUUGGCAUCCUGCUCGACAGCAUGGUCACUGGCUUCCCCUUCAACGUCACCGAUGCUCCUAUGUACUACGGCAGCACCAUGAGCUUCCUUGGUUCCGCCUUGGUCUACGGCCGGCCUGCUGGCGUGCUGCUGACUGUUGAGGUCCUGUUCGUCUACCUGAUCGCCCUCCGGCUGGAGAACCCCUUCACGGCCGGCAUCUACGCCAAGCGGGAGGAAGAGCGCAGCAGGCAGGCUGCUGUCAGCAAGGAGCCCAAGAAGCAGCGUUAA